GUAACCUCGAACUCCAUUCCCAAGCCGCCCCCUAUGAAAACAUUUAAACCCUCGUUAGUUUAUUUACAUUUUUUUAAAUAAUUCUAUAAUUCAUUGAAAUAAAAAUUAUACUUAAGAUUAAUUACGAAAACAGUUCAAUUAAGUGAAUUUACAAAAUGUCAUCAGAAAAUCAACUACCAAUCACCAUUGAAUUUGGAGGUGGGGCUGAACUUUUAGUUGGAAAUAAAAAGAAGCAUCAAAUUAAUUUAUCUAGUGAUAAAGUCUGGACCUUAAAAAAUCUGAUAUUUUGGAUCCGUGAUAAUUUACUAAAAGAAAGAGAAGAAUUAUUUAUUCAAAACAAUACGAUACGACCUGGAAUUCUAGUUUUAGUAAACGAUGCAGAUUGGGAAUUGAUGGGUCAGGGAGAAUACAAAUUGUCUCCUAACGAUACCAUACUUUUCAUAUCAACGCUUCACGGGGGAUAAUUUUAUUGUUAUUUGUUUAUUUAUUUUAUUUUUACAUCUGUAUUUUUAAUAAGUAAAUAAAUAAAUUAAUAAAGUCGA